AUGGACAUGAACACCACCAUGUCCUUUCCUGGGUCCGGGGCCAACAGCCCGGCUCUGGGCUCCAAUCGACCACCGCACAUGUCGCAGCCCAAUGCCGGCCAGUCGAUGACGGCGCCCGGGUCUCCUUCGGGCGCGUAUACAGCCUCGGCCUUGGCAUACGCCAACGCGCAGCUCUCUCAGUUCGCCGCCACAGGGGGCGCCGCCGCCCUUCCCGCCCAUCUCAACCCGCACGCGCUCAGCUCCGCCCUCUCCGAGUACUCGAUGAGCAUGCCCAACAGUGCCGCAUCCUCGCCCGGAGCCACGCCUCGACGGCUACCCGGGACGGGCACCUCGACGCCCGGCGGAAACUCGCGCGUCGCCGCCAGCGCCAUCACGGGCAAGCGCCUCAACUGGAGCGAGAUGAUCUGCCAGACCAUCGCCGAGAGCGAGAGCGGCCGACUGGUCAUCCAGGAUCUCUUCGAGGGCAUGUGCGCCAAGUUUCCAGAGAUCCGCGAGUGGGCCUUUGGCAAGGACUGGGAGGCUCGCGUCAAGAACCGCAUCAAGUCGACUCUCUCGAUCAAGGGCAACCUCUUCAUAAAGGUGCCGAGGCCCAGCAGCGCGGCGGGCAAGGGUAGCUGGUGGACGCUGAGCGCCGAGGCCCAGGAGGCAUGGAAGACGGGGCGCGUCGCAAACGUCGUCAAGAACAACAACAGCCACAGCCGCGCCGCAAGCGCCGGUCCUAGCAGCAUCCACGGAUCGCCCGUACGGACCGUCAGCGCCAAGUUCGGCGGCUCUGCGGCUGGCCAUACGCCCAACCCGCCCUACAUGAUCCAGAACUCUCACACGCACCAGAAUCACAGCCACCGCACGUCGCCGCUUGGCCUUGGGCUUAACUCGACGCCGUCCGGGCAUCUCAAGAACUCGUAUGGCAACUUCGGAUUCGGCGAGGGACUAGUCUACGGCAGCAACCAAGGCAUCGGCUCCGAUCCUACGGGCGCCAACAGCGGUGGUGGCAAUUUCAACAACGGCAAUGGUGUCGGCAACGUCUCGUCAGAUGCGCCGCAGAUGCCCAUGGCACAACCAUCGCAGGGCGGUAUGUUGGGCACGGCUGGCACCGGCAACGACACCCAACCCAAUCUCCAGCUCAAGCAGGAAGGCGGCGGGGGCCAAAAUGUCGGCGCAGACAUGAUGUCUGGCGCACCCUCUCAGCUGCCCGCCAUGUCUGGAGCCGAUUUCUCCGGGCUGGGCUUUUUCAGUGCCGAGCAGCCCCUUGGCGCGGCCCAGAGUGUUGCACACCUCGGCGGGCCCCAGUCGAUGCCCUUCCCCGCAUCGAGUUCGAAUCAGCAAUCUGGCAUGGGCGACUUUGGCCCACUCGACAGUGCCGACUAUUCGGCCCUCUUUGAAGGGUUCGCCGGAUUGGUCAGCAGCAACGGCGGCGACCUCGGGCUCGGCGGCCAGCAGGGCAUGGGCAUGGGAUCGCCCUUCGACUUCCAAAACGCGCCUCAUCCCUUUGGCGGCAGCAUCCCGGGCGCAUACACGCUGCUGCAGAACCAGUCGAGCAACAACAGCGGCAGCGCCACCGGGGGAGGCAAUGGCAGCACCAGCAGCCUUGGCCAGUUUGCGGGCUUCGGUGCCGGGUCGCCCUAUGGGUCCUUUGGGGGCACGCCAAUGCCAGGGCAACCAGGCGGCGGCUCGGGGGCGUCAGGCAGCGGCACGAGCGGACAGACGCCAUCUGCGCCGAGCGAUUUCGGCACGACGACGUCCAGCAGCCCCUUUACGAGCGGUGGCGGCGGCGGCAUCGAGAUGCCCAGCCCGGCCGAUUCGACGUGGUUCAGCUACACACCACUAGUGGAGCCUACCAACCAGGCGCCCGGCCAGAACACGUCGGCGCUCGGCCAGCUCGGCGGCGAAGGCAGCAAGAAGCGACGGGCGUCCGAGGGGUUGAAGGACAUCGGCGAGCUCCAGCUGCCGCCAGCCGAGGCCGGCUCCUGA